AUGGGGUACUGCAGGAGCCUUCAACCAUCAUCUCUUCUUUAUUUCUACUUCCUCCUCCUCUUCACAUUCUUCCAUUCCCAAUUCCCAAUCUCCACUUCUUUCUCACCGCUCCUCCCCUUCUCCUCCUCAAUUAAUUACUCUUCUUCUUCUUCCCCUCCUCUUCCUUUUGGGGCACGCAUACUGUGCCCUCAGGAUGAGAGUGCUGCUUUGCUCCAAUUUACCCGAUUGUUUUCCAUUGAUCCAUGUGCUUCUGCAGAAUGUGAAUCUUCUUUUUUAAAGCAUCAGACUUCAUACCCAAAUACGAGGUCUUGGAAGGAGGGGAGUGAUUGCUGCAACUGGGAUGGAGUCUCCUGUGAUUCGGUCACUGGUCACGUCGUUGGCCUCGACCUUAGCUGCAGCCAGCUUUCUCUCAAGGGUACCGUCUUCCCCAGUCGUAAUAGCAACAGCAACAGCCCUCUCUAUUCUCCUUCACCAUCUCCGCAAACUCAAUCUCGCUUACAAUUACUUCGAUGGAUCACAGAUCUCACCUGA